ACGACGAUUAAUCUCAAAUUUCCUCAAAUUUUUUUGUAUUAAAUAAACUUAAACUUUCAGUUAUUUUAAUUAGAUUUGAAAAAUACGCGCUCAAGAUGCUGCCACAGAAUGCAAACUUGUUUGCAAACGUGAGUGCGGAAAGAACAAAACGUAGCAGUAAUUUCUCCACCAAGGAAGUCAAGUACUUGAUACAACUAGUGGACAAUAAAAAAGAGAUCAUUGAGUCUAAAAAAACGGACCGCACAACUUCGGAGGAAAAGGUUAAAGCAUGGUUGGAAAUUGAGGAGGAGUUUAAUGCAGUUUUCGAAGACUAUCGUUCUUUUAAAGUUUUAAAAACGAAAUAUGAAAAUCUUAAGAAAAAUGUCAAACGUAAAUUGCCACCAAAUGUAUCUAACUUGAGCAUAUUGAAAAUAAUGCAAUCAAGUGAGAAUGCAGUAACGAAUGAGCCAUUAUCAGAUUAUGAAUAUGAAAUAUCAGAAGAUGAAAACACCUUGCACACUAGUAAUGCUUCCGAUGUUGACAUGAAACCCCAUCCGCCACUUAAUGAACAAGAAUUGGACGCCGCAGCUGAAGAGUAUGUAUUUGAAACACUUCUGUUUGGAGAGGCUCCAACUUCUUCGCCAAUGGUACAAAAGCCCAUUAUUCCAAAGCCACCUCAAGAACCACCCAAACUUCAACCUCAACCAAAGGCAGAAAAGAAAAAACCUACCAUAGAUGUGUGGGAGCAAGUUGCUUAUAAAAAAUUGAAAAAACUUGAUUUAGAAAUGAACGUUAUUGAGGAGGAAUGGAAAUUAAGAAAAAGUAAAUUAGAAUUAGAAAUUGAAAACGUAAGAAUAGAAAAUAGAUUUAAGGAAGAAAAACUUAAACUAGAAUUAGACUUACUUAAACAACAGUUGCAAAACAAUAAUAAUAAUAGCUCUUAAUUAUACUAUUUAUGUUU